AUGCCGUCACAUAAUUCCAGCUUGAAGUUCUGUACAGUGUGCGCUUCGAAUAACAAUAGGUCCAUGGAAUCGCAUAAAGUAUUGCAGGAGGCAGGUUACAGCGUGAAAUCGUACGGUACCGGUUCUGCGGUGAGAUUGCCCGGUCUGUCGAUAGACAAGCCGAAUGUGUAUUCAUUCGGCACCCCUUAUAACGACAUAUAUAACGAUCUGUUGUCGCAGUCUGCAGAUAGGUACAAGUCGAACGGGUUGUUGGGGAUGCUGGACCGUAACAGGAAACUUAAGAAGGCGCCCGAGAAGUGGCAGAAUAACAGCGGGAACGUGUUUGAUUUCGUGUUCACUUGCGAGGAAAGAUGCUUUGACGCAGUGUGCGAGGAUCUCAUGGGGAGAGGGGGGCACUUGAAUAAACUGGUACAUGUCAUAAAUAUAGACAUCAAGGAUGACAACGAGAAUGCUAAGAUUGGUGCAAAGGCUAUUUUAAAGCUCGCUGAUAUGCUCAACCAGAGCGUGGAUGAGUGCAACAGGGACAACUCCAGCGCCGUGCCCUUUGAGGAUAGCAUCAUUGGGAUCCUCACCGAAUGGCAACAACAGUUCCCAACGUUACCGUGUCUUUAUUCACCUGCAUUUUACUGA